AUGACAGAUAUGGUGGUUAAAAUUCCUCGUAAACCCAAAACAAAAUACAAGUGUACUUGUGGAAAAUAAUAUGAUUUAAAUUCUACUUUAAAAAACCAUAUAAAAUAAAAGCAUAACAACGAUAAAUCUUUUUAAGUUAAUAAAGGGGACAGAGGUAGACCUCCUAAAUAAUCACCAGUAUUCUACUAAAUUAAAGAUGGCUUUGUUCCUGAAAUUCAAAAAUUACAUCAGAUUGCUAUUUUAAUAUUAAAAUCAAAUUAAAAAUUCAUCAAUAACAUAAAUCUUGAUAACAUAAAAAAUCAAAUAAAUAGCAUGAACUAAGAAAUUGACACAUAAGUAAGUUUAAUAUAAAUGGAUGAAGAUGCUUUCUAUUGGUAUAAUCAAAGUAAAUCAUUCUUUGAUACUCAUUUUAAAUAAUUAUACGAAUCUUUUAAUAAUUCAACUUUGAACUAAUUACUAAAAGCUUGUUACAGUCUUUCCUUAUUGAAAUUCAGAAAUUAAAAGGAAAAAAUCAUUGAAUAAUUUAUUGAAAAAAUGAAGGAAAUUUGA